UCUUCUUCUCCUUCUUUGUACUCUUUUCUCUCAGGACCAAGAUCCAAAUACAGUAGAGUCUUACUUAUCCAAUGCUUGCUUAUCCAACAUUCUGGAUUAUACAACGCAUUUUUUUAGUCAAUGUUUUCAAUAUAUCAUGAUAUAUUCGUAAUAUAUGCUAAAUUCGUAAAUUGCUUGUGGGCAUUGCUGUGUAUUGAACUAUUUUUUCUGUCAAAUUUGUUGUAUAACAUGAUGUUUUGGUGCUUAAUUUGUAAAAUCAUAACCUAAUUUAAUGUUUAAUAGGCUUUUCCUUAAUCUCUCCUUAUUAUCCAACAUAUUCGCUUAUCCAACAUUCUGCCGGCCCAUUUACGUUGGAUAAGCGAGACUCUACUGUACCACUGUUAUUAAAACAAUUCAAUUAAAAUUUAUUUAAAUUAAUAAAUAAAAAACAAUUUAAAGUUACUUAUAAUACUUUGCAGCAUGUGAGUUUAUGCAUGUUUCACUAGAUCUUCAUGACAAUACAAAAUUCAUGAGGUUGCCGUAACUUGACAGGUGACUUGAAGGCACAUACUAACACUUAAAAUUCUCAGUUUGAGAGCAAGGGUACCUCAUCAAACUACAAACCCCAGAAUUCAAUUGGGAGCUGCUAUUAAAAUUCAAAUGCUAUCAAAUUGCUCUAUUUGUAUAGUGUGAAAGGGCUGAGGAAUUUCUACCCACUACUAUAAUAGGCAGGGACAACCCUGUCUGGCCCCUUGUGGUCACAAAUAAUAGUAUCUCUAUAACCAUCAGUGCCAGUUGACCAUAUCUAACUGCUAAAACCAUAUCCAAUGGGAUCCUGGGAUGUGAAAACUGGCAGAAAAUUCUAAACUACACAUGUUGGAUUCCAUAGGAUGAAACCAUGGCAGUUAAAAGGGGUAUCAAUGUGCAAUGGGAAAGAGCUCUUAUUCCAGCUGGAGCUCAGUGCUAAAAUCUUCAGACAUUCCCUCCAAUACCAACGUUUACUCACCUAUUGUGGAGCCAAGGGCCAAAGAUGCAGUGCGCUCAUUUCUCAAUGCAGGGCCUCAUAUAUAGGGGCUGUGAGUGUCCAUCAUAUCACUCCCCAAAGUGUUUUGAAAUACCUGUCUGACAAAAGAACAUCCGAACUAAUUCCUCCCAAGGUGACAUUUAAUCCCUUUGGAUGUUUCUGCUAGUGGGGGGAACGAAGAGGUGGAUCCCAUGGAGAUAAACAUCCAAAACUUAAGAUCUGAUUGGCUGCAUGUCCCCUGCUCUGUUAUUAGCCUUUCUCAAAUAUCUAUGUACUCAUACAGAAAAGGUAAUAGACAGCUAUUUAACAGAAUGAAAAAAGGACCAUCAACUGUAAUAUAGAGUUAUUACAACAAUUAUAAAUUAAACAACAUCUUUGGGAAUACAUCGCCAUUCAUUACAAAAACAAAAACAACAUAUUAUAAAUGUAGCACAACAAAUAAUCAUAAUUAUAAUCAUAAUCUUUAUUUAUAACCCACCUUCUUGCCCCGAAGGGAUCCAACUAAGGUAGAACUACAGAAAGAGAAUACAAGUGGAAACCAGUUCAAGUUUAUCAAGGGAAGAGAACAGGCUCAUAUCCCCGAAAAAUAUCAGACUUUGGACAAAAAGAUGAAGAUUUAUCAAGCUCCAAAUCCAUCACUAUUCACCAUGGCUUUCAGGCAAGAUGAGAUGUACAAUACAUUCAUCAUCAGUGAAGAAGUACAAUCAGCCCUGCAGAAGAUUUUGGCCUUAGCUGAGCUUCUACUCCUCGCAAAUUCACCCAUUGAGGAGAUCAGUAAUAAAUCCAGUGGUCUUGUAGAUAGUGCAUCUUACUUUUUUACUAUAGCUAAAGAUAAAAUAUUAAUUUCUCAUCCAAAUGAAGUGAUUGUGCUGAUAAAACAAAUGCAAGACAAUCUGCAGGAAAAGAAGGGGAAAUUGGCAGACAUGAGAGUCGAGAUCAUUGCCCACAAAGAAGCUCAAAUGAAGGCAGAGACAAUGCCAGAAUCUGCAGAGCUGUGUCUAAAAAAAGAAAGGAAGCAGCAUGAAAAGCAUGCGGAAGAGGAGACGUGUAAAAUGCCAGCUAACAUGUUAGCACCUUUUUCAAUCCUUAGACUUGUGAUGUCUUCUAGUCUCAAAGCAGUUGUGGACGCAGCUUACAAGCUUGUAGUUGAGACUGAACAAGCUUUGGCUCAAUAUAGAGUAGAAGUCGAAGGCUACAAGGAGGAGGUUGCAGAAAUACCUCGAAAGGAGCAGGAGUUACUGGCUUGGAUAAAUACUAUGGAGCAGGAAAUCUCCCAGGUUCAAUCUGAAUGCGAUGAGGUACUUGCUCUAUAUGCCACCAGAACAACACAGGCAUCCUGGAUCAGAAAAUGCCUUUCGCAGUUAAAUUUUCUGGGAGGAAAAAUUAAAGCUGCUGCAGUGAUCUGCAACUAUGGCGAUAUCUCUGAGUUUGUGGUGGAUAUUUUAGAAGAAAUAGCAGGAAUGAUCUCAGGGCAGGAUGCAGAAUCAUUCCUUGUUGAUAAGGAGAUUCGAACUUUGGUUAAGCAAAUAAACAGCGCAGUGCAGUCUCUGAGAGCCAGGGCAAACGUAGCCAUUGCUUAAUAAUACUCCAUGGCCUUCCUCAUCAUAUGCUUUUAGUAAAUGCUGUCCCACUUUUCUCUGCUGAAUACUAUCCUUUGUGCUGAAACAUACAAAUAAAUUCUGUAUGGUGA